AUGCUUCCACCGACACAACAGGAUUUCACCUUCCCUCUACUCCCAUGGAAGGCCUGGCUCAUGGUGUGUAAGAAAAAGGACCCAGAAGUGGCGACAGCAGGAAAAACCCUGGCCAGCUCCAUCACCCAAGUGUUCUUAGAAGUGAGUGAAUUAAGGACCUGGCUUGGUUGUCAUGCCAAAAAUGGACAGUGGAAUUGGCAAGCUGCUCGGACAAAAACCAUAUUAAACUGCAGUAAGGGAAAAUUCCAGAAGAGUCCAAUCAUGAGUUAACCCAAGAUGGCGACGUGAGCGGCAGCCUUGUCCUAUGCUCGGUAAAGCUAUAUUUUUUUUUCUGCUUUGACGGGUUCUAAGGGCUCUAAGAUGCCUUAAGGCGCUUAUUUUAGAAGUUUUAUGGUUUUAGAAGUUUUAUGGUUUAGAUUAUUUCUACUUCUCCCAUAAAUCUGCAAGAAAACACGGCAGAUAAAGACUGUUAAAGGGAGUAGGGCUCAUUAACAGCACAACCUGCCCUGACCCUGCUAUUUUGAGAAAUUUUCUCCCUAUUUUCUUGCCGACAUGAGAGGGAAGAAACGCCGCAGGCAGCAUUCCAAUGAAGCUACGAGCACUGCCAAAAACAGACAAAUAUCAGGGAUUUCUUGCCUGACAAUGACCUAAAUGAGAUCUGUAGAAACUUCCCCACAGCAAACAGCUAUGAGGUCCUUGCUCCCAGUACUACUCAUGAGGAGCCUGCCGGCAUUGUGGAUGGCCCACAACUAGCCUCGAGCCUGUGUAUGAAGGAACAGAUGGAACAGACUCUUGAGUCCCUGCAAAAAACUUCACCUGAAUUAUCCCAGUCACCAGCCCAGUUAAACAAGGACCGAGAGGCACUGGAACUGCUAAUCUGCCAGACUGAGUUGAUAACACAUACCAUCACCAACUUAUAUAAAAGGCUGGAUGGGAUCGAAAAGAAGCUUGAAAAAGCCUUUGGCUUGUUCAGUUGCCCCCCCUCACUUCUUCAGCUUAACAAUAUUGCAAACUCCGCUCACCCCUGCCCAAGUGUGCAGGCCAACCUUGCACAAAAACAAGUGAGAUGCCUGCCCAACCAAGUACAAAACUCAAGUCUGCAACUCCAGAACAGCAAACUUGCAGUACUGGUGGGAAACCACCCCUUGAAUUAUAACAAAUGGGCGGAUAAACAUUCGGUCACAAAUUCCCUGACCCAACUGCUGGGGCAGACAUUACGCCCGUAGAUAUCGUGGACAUCUCAUGGCUGCCUUCUGGACCUUAUAUGAGACGUAUGGUUAUUAACUUUAGAUCUGCCCAUUUCGUUGCAAAGAUUCUAAAAUUAAGAAACCGCACAAGAAAAUGGUACAUCUAUUUUACAAGGGUAUUCACCAAUCUGACCCGUACACCGCUAUGCACCAGGACAGGGGCUGUCGGUGUUGAUGCUGGGCCUGUGCGCCAUAAAGAACAAAUAGACGGGGGAAUGGAGCCGGGAUCUAUUACCCCACAGGGAGUGGCAAGCCUGCCCGCAAAUGACUUAAUUGAUUUCCUACAUCCCCGCUUGGUACCCUGGUCGCUACGUGCAACGAGCCUGGCACUGGACUACCCAAGCAAGACCAGUCUGAAAUGCUCUCGUCCUCAUAUGCCUCGAUGCCGGAAUUGGAGGCUUCCAUUAUUCUAAGCCCAAUACGCAAUCAAGAUCCACAGCUUUUGUCAAAUUUUGACCCGCUAGCAGUACCGACGCAAGAUGCAGUUGUCGACCUGCUACCUACACAGCCUAUACGGGUCGGCAAAACCCUUGCUCUGCGAAAACCAGCUGAACAUCAUGAUACAUCAGCUGAACAACAUGAUAUUUGUAACGGUGUCAUCGAAGAUCCUCUGGGCCAAAUCAACCUAUUGGCCCCCCAGUUAAAGCUAUCACACCUAUUUAGGGAUCAGCGACCUCAAACCCGGAACCACCAAGCAGGGCAGAUAGAGGAGGAGCCCAGCUCAGGAGCCUCAAACCAUCGGAAAAGAGAUUGACUGCCACUAUUUCCACCAUCACCCUAUUUCCACAUUCUAUCCUGGAAUGUGGCGGGAUGGCUAUCUAAGCAGGGUGACGUCGACCUUCUGGAUUUCCUUACAAAAUUUCAGAUUUUAUGUCUACAGGAGACAUGGUGUCUAGAUCUCCAUGUCCCCUCUUUACAGGGAUACUGAAGCCUUUGUUACCCCUGCGAUAAAACCAAAAUCCCGAGGCCGACCCAGUGGUGGCUUAGUCACUUUUGUUUCUACCAAGCUAAAGUGCAAGGCCCGGCAACAGCAGUGGGUGAAGAGUAACAAUUUACAAAUCUUACUUAUUUCUAGCAGUGAAGGAGGAGAUUUCCUUUGCUUUAAUAUAUAUAUCCCUCCCAUAGGCACCCCUCCCCAGUCGUCACAAAUCUGGGAAGAUUUAGAGCUAUGUUUGGAGAAGGCUGAACUAGAACUCCCUGGCAUGGAUAUCCUGCUGGCAGGUGAUUUCAACGCCAGGAUAGGAAGUGACAUUAAUACGUACUGCUCUAAAUCUCAGUUCCUGCCAGAGGCAGAUUGGUUUAUUCCCUGGUCCUCUGACGAUAAGGUCUUGAAUAAGGCAGGCAUUACAUUAAUGGAGACUGCCUUCAAACAUAAUUUGUAUAAUUUGCAUGGUACCCAUAUGGACAGGUCAGGGGGUUUCUUUUCUUUUCUUGGACCUAGAGGUGCGAGCGUUAUUGAUUAUAUCCUGGUCUCCCCAAAACUCUUGGAGAGGUCACAGGGCUUCAGGACUUUCAAUAGAACUGAGAGUGAUCAUCUUCCUAUAUCAAUUUCACUAAUUCCCCGUGGUGUGGAGGAUCCGCAAUACCGCAAUCACUGUGCAGACCCACCUCCAACUCUGGCCCUUCGUAGGCGUAAAUGGAACAGCGACCUGGAAUCUAAAAUCAAAUUACACCUGCAUUCAUCAGACUUACUGGCCUUGAGAGACCAGUGUAUCUCAUCUAUUUCUGACCCCUUUUCAACAUUUCAGCAGGUCUCAGAGUCGCUCUUCCCACUACUCACGAAUUCCAACCCUCCCAAAAAACAAAACAACUCGAGGGCCUGGUUCGACAAAGACUGUAGGAAUCUAAGAUCUUUGCUUAGGAAAUUACAAAAUAAGGUAAAACAGGAAGGGACCCUGUCCUCAUUGGAAAACCUGCACAGGUGGCGUUCUCAUUAUAAAAAUACUCUAAAAUUUAAGAAAUCCCUCUACAGAAAGGAACAAUGGGAGGCACUUGACAAAGCGAUCAAAUUGCGGGACGACAAAAAGUUCUGGGAAAUAAUUGCCCAGGGAGUUUCACCCAAAGGGAAAAUUGUAACCAACAGUAUUUCACCUAACUUAUGGUACCAACAUUUUUCCCGGCUAUACACAGCUCCAAACAUUGCUAAACCGAGCCAGUUUCCUCCUCUUAAAAACGAUCUAUUAAUGGGCUGGGAUCCUGUUACCGAAUCAGAAUGUUUACAGCUAAUUAAAACACUCAAGAAUGGCAAAGCUCCCGGUGAGGAUAUGAUUCCUCCUGAGGUGUUUAAACUAAAUGCCCAGUGGUGGGCUGCUAUUUUGGCCCAACUUUUACGGUAAUAAAUGAUAUAUGCAAAAUCCCAGAAAACUGGAAACUGAGCCUGGUAGCCCCCAUCUAUAAGAAGGAGACCCCCAAGACCCCUCAAACUAUCGCCCCAUAAGUCUCCUGGACAUUGUGUAUAAACUUUAUACUCGCUACCUGCUAAAUAAACUGGUUGACUGGGCUGACCACUCUAACCUGCUUAAUCCGGAACAGGCAGGGUUUAGAAAGGGCCAUAGUACAACAGGCCAUUGUUUGGUACUACAGACAAUGAUAGAUAAGUAUACAAAGGUACAUAAGAGCAAACUUUUUGUGGCUUUUGUAGAUCUCACAUCCGCUUUUGAUUCAAUCUGUAGGGACAAAUUAUGGCAAAAACUAUAUGAAACAGAUAUUGAUAGACGACUUCUCAAAAUACUUAGAGAGUUACAUUCAGACACCACAGUUAAAAUCAGAACUGGGAUGUCAGGCAACUAUACUGACCCACUGCCACUGGGGAAAGGGGUUAAACAGGGCUGUUUGUUAGCGCCGUUCCUCUUUAAUUUCUAUAUAAAUGACAUUGUUCAACAUAUGGCAAAGUAUAACUCAUCAGCUCCUGCCCUGGAAGGCAAACACCUGAAUAUAUUACUAUAUGCUGAUGACAUGGCUGUCAUGGCACUUACUCGAAGGGGCCUACAUAGCAUGCUGGAGGGGCUCGCAGCUUAUUGUUCCCAAAACUCUCUAAAGAUAAAUUAUGACAAAACAAAAAUUGUGGUAUUCACUAGAGCUCGCCACACAUUUAGAUGGUCUUUAGAUGAACACAAAAUUGAACAGUGUCUUUCUUUUAAAUAUCUUGGUAUCACUUUCCAAGCUACAUCUAGCUGGCUUGCCCACUUCAAGACUGUAGCCCUUCUAACACGUAGGACAAUCGGUGCUUUGCUCAGCUUUUUUAUUCGAGGGAGGGCAACUGGUGAUCCCGGCAUUAAAAGCUUUUGUUGGAAAAGUGAUUCCCCAGAUGCUAUAUGGAGUAGAACUCUGGGGAUGGAAUCAGAAGCUGUUAGAACGGCUUGAAAUCUUCCAAAAUUUUUACCUCAGAAGAAUUCUAGGCCUCCCUCAGAGUACUCCGGCAGCUCUCCUAAGAGUGGAAGUAGGAUUACCUUCUGUGUCUGCCAGGGCCCACUUAAGAUUCCUGCGUUUUUUCAUCAACCUCACAGAUGCCCCGAACACCUUAUUGGCUAAACAAGCCUUUGUAUCAGUACAAAAUAAUACUACUUGGUAUAAAAACCUACUAGAUAUCCUAUCCAGAUACAAUCUACCUGAGUUUAAUACCCUUAAAUUGUGGAGCCCUGAUAAAGUUCGGGAAUGGAUCUUUGAAAAAGACGCCUUUUUGGACUCCACAAUGAUAAAAAACUCUGGGUUUUCCUACUGGUUUCCCGAGUAAAAGCAGUCAAAAUCUGUGCCAACUACUUGGUGGAGAUCACUGAUCCCACCCUUCGGAGAGCUUUCACUAUGGCACGGUUUCAAACACUGCCAACUGCAUAUCUGACCGGUAGAUUCACAAAAACCCCAGUAGAACAUCGUUUAUGCCCUUGCCUAAUGAAAAUUAAAGAGGAUCUUACACAUUACCUCCUCUAUUGCCCCAUCUACUCGGGCUUUAGAGACGCAUUGCUGCAAAUUAUACCCAACUCUAUAACCAAUCCUGAAGAUAGAGUAAAAUUUUUGUUAGUUGAUGCAAACCCACGUAUUACCCAUGUGGUAGCGGUUUUUGUGAUGAAGGCCAUGAAAGCCAGGGAAAGACUUAUGGAUGACAAUGUAAAGACCCCUUCAUCGUCUGUUUAACUCGUUGCUCGUUUUCCCUCUCUUUCUAUUUUGUGGGAUGAAGGUUUUGUUGGCGUAGUAUGUAAUGAAUUUUAAUAUUUUUUUUUAACUAUUGUUAUGUUAAUGUUUGUGUACAGGCAUGGUCCUCACAAUAAACGGAUUUGAUUUGAGUUAACCCUUUGGCUUGCCAAGAUUCGGAUCAGUGUACCAACUAUUCUGGAAAAAAAUACACCAAAGAGCCAGGGACACUGGAACCUGGAGUUCAGCCUGGAGCCUGUGGCUGUCCCUCCAGAAUGAAACCUCAUGGAAAUGCUUCAGAAAGUCUCCCCAUACCUGCAAAUCCUCCCACACGUCCUGUGUGACUCAUACAUGGUGAUGAGGCUUGGAGAGACCCUUUGUGAUAUCACAAAGCCACCUCAGAAAGACUCAUCUGGUGGGCAGCAACUCGGCAAGUGAAAAUGAAGUGCCCAUCUCCAGAAAUCCCUCAUCCACACCUGAAGCUCUGACAGUUUCUCAGGUGGGUGACUGCAUCAGUUCAAGGCAUCCUAUUCAGCGCCUAGGUAGGCAACUCUUGUAAGAAGGCCCCUGGUCUCCUCCCCUGUCAGUUGCACCCCUGAAUUCUCCUACAUCCUUGUGAACUUCCUCAUAAGGAGAUAACAUGUCCAGCUUCCACACUGACCCCUGCAUGUGGCUACAUACCAGGUAUCAGGGUAUGUUGCUUCCUCACUCUCCUAGCUGCAAACAAGGCUCUUAUUCAGCAGCUAUGUGCCAGCAUUGGAAUGCAUUCCUAGCCCAACCUAGCAAUGCCAAAUCUUGAAUGGGGAACAUUCUGCAUGCAACACAUGUGCUCUGUCACUGAGCUACAUCUUUCUCUCUCUCUCACUGCCCCCCAGAUCAUAUUUCCCCACCCCCAAAUGUUGUUCUUUUUCUUCCUGUUGUAGAAUUCAGGCUGUUUUCCUUCAAAAGAAUCAAAAUAAUAUAUUUCAAAAUACUAUGUGUAAUGCUGCUGCCCCAAAGCAUGUGGAGGAAAAAGUAUAGGGAAUAGGAAAACUUCUGAAAUGCAGAAAACAUUUGUUUACGUCUCUAAAGAAAACAGAGUGAAAGCAAACCAGCAAAUAAUAUAUACAACAAGUCCCAUGGGUAAAAUUUAAACUUAAGUCCAUGCUUUAACAAAUUAAGAGCUAAAUAAUUUGCCAGUAUUAUAGUCCAGGCACAUGAAAGCACUUCUGGAAAUGAGAUAUAUCUGCGUUUUAACAAUUAUAUUUCCUGCACAGACAAAAAGAGAGAGUGCACAAUAUAUGGUUUUAUUUUGAUGAAUGCUACUGUAAAUUACUAUUAACCCUUCAGGGCCCCAGGAAAUGAUGUGGUCAUUUGUAGCUGAGUCUGCCUGCUUUCUGUCCUUAUAUCUGGGAAGCAACUGAAGGAGACUGAUAAAAUUCAGUUUUUCAAUAAGAGAAUGUCAUCAGGGACAUCUCUGUGAAUAAAAAGAGAGACGCAAAGGUUACCUCGUGUACCCUUGUAGCACAGUACAUAGUGCUACAUUUGAAACUUUAAUUUAUUGGGGGGUGGGGGGAAGAAUCAAGUGUGGUGGCCAAAUGGUUAAAUUUUGCUCAGUAAUUUUUUCAUUUUUGUUAGUCAUGAAUAUAUCCAACCAUACAGAGGCCAUCAAAAUCUUGCCACUAGAGACUAUAAAGUCUACUUACAUAGGGUUCCUGGGAUUUUUCAUGUUCUUAUGGAAAAUAUCUCUGAAAUCCCUGAGCUGAAAAUUUUGAUCUCAUUUGUGGAUGUGAGCGAUACUGAGAAAGGGUUGAAGAGUGAAGAGAACACUUUUCUCGCAUAAUUUCAUUUGUCAGGAGAAUCUUGACGCUGACAUUGGAAGAGUGAUUUAAUUGAUUUUAAUCAUACACCUGAGAUUGAGAAAUUGAGCCCUCUGUCCUGAAAAAUAAUUCUAGGCUUCCCUGAGAAUGUCUAAUUCGCAGCUAAUAGUUUCUUUCUCCCCCGCUCCUUGAAGUUUUGUUAUGAAGUUUAGGAAUGCAGAUGAAAGACUGACACAAAGAAAUAUUUACCACAGCCUCCAGAUUAGCAAAUCACUCUCACAGCUUCAGUGCAUACAUACAUAAUAGAGCUGGAGCAGUGUUUUGGACAGUAAACCCAUUAACAAUUUAUGUUUUGCAUAUGGGAAAUAGACAGCAAUGUGGUUUUCUGCAUUGGGAAUCAUUCAUAAUGAUUAAUAUCCUGGGAUCAAGGGAGGCUAGUCAGGCGUUCAUCAGGGCUGCAAACUGAAGUGGUCUAGUCAGGGCCAGCCCUACCAGUAGGGAGAGGGAGACGGCUGGUUGGGCUAUCAUGAAAAGGCACCAGAUUUUUUAUUUUCAAUAUUAUUGUGAUUAUUAUGAUGGACAAUAAAUAAUGGCAAGGAAAGUCAUUGCGCUGUUUUGUGGAAUUUCACAGCUGCCCUGAAUGCUUGGCUUCGGGGGUGGGGUGGGGGCACAAUUUGCUGCUACACUGUCUUGGGCCUGAUAGAAGAAAAGAGGUAACCUUUUCUGUUUGUGAAGAUUCAGCUCUGUCACUUUCAUCCUGCUCAACUAAAUGUUGUACCAUUAAAGAAUAUGAACAUGUCUAAACAUAUAAGUUUAAGCUGGAUGACUUGCUGAAUGGCAAAGAGCCAAAAUAUUUCACACCUGCCUGACAGGAAAAUGACCUUCAUGUACUAUUAUUAACUAUGAUUCAGGUGGGAUUAAGGUCAGCAAGAUUCCCCACCACCACCAUUCAAGCCAAAUGUUCUAAUGAUGGACGAGGAAUAAUUAGCAUUGCUCUGGAAGAUUCCCAUACAGGUUUGUGAUGUUAAACAAGAUAUUCAAAAUACGCUUCUUUCCCUCCCAUGGCCUAGCACAUUUGCAUCAAGGGUUCGAAUAAGGAAAGCCCUCCACAAUUCUAUGAUGUCAUAUUCCAGUAUUGCUGAAUGCUUUAUAGCCUGCACAUUUGGUAAUAAUGGGUGUUUUUUGGGGGGAUGGAUGGACCGAAAGCUCUAUCCAGAACUUGUCUGAGGCCUGGGGCAGGAGUCUUGUUAGAAUAAAUUUAUAAACUCAAACAAAAAAGCAGUCUGUCCCUGGUGGGAGUCUUUGGCCAACUUAGCCCUCUGAGGCCUGGGACCUGACUUUAUCAUUUCCCUCUACAUCUCAGUUUUUCUGCUCCCUCCUGUUCUCCAGAAUCUCAGGCCCACUUGUCCUGUGCCUUGAACCCAUGCCAUCCCAAGGUUGAGAGAAUGCUCUAGUGUGAGGAUGCUGCAUUCUGUAGUAAUAUCCCCCUUUGGGGCAAGGGGGUUAAGACAGUGGCUGUAGUGAUGUGCAUGAUGUCCAUUUUACAAAAACUCUAUGAAUGUCGCUAUCAUUUAGGAGAGAUCAUACCAGGCUGUGGGGAGCAGUGCAUGCUAUGCAACAAGACCAGGGCUUCAUUAGAUAUUAGCGCCAUGGAAGAAAUCUGGAAUAUGUGAAAUGAUAACAGAGAAAAGUGCCUUGUAGCAAUUGCAGAGUGCCGUUCCUUCAAAAGCAGAUUGCACACAUCUGUGAGAAUUUCUAGGGUAGGAGCUGAGAAUCCAGGCAGGUUUGAAAUCUGCUAGCUCUCAUUUUAGAGAUUAAGCAUUGCAUGAGAUUAACUGCAAUUUUGAUUUUUUUCUAGUUAAAAAUAAUGUUAGAAGAUGGAAUCUACACACACACACACACUAAAAUGUGCUGACUUUUAACACGAGCUAAUUGAUGCAACCAUUGCAACAGAUGUAAAUUAGCUAGUGGCAGCAUUAUGGUGUAUGCAUCCAUCCAUACGAGUGGAUCUAGGGCAUGCAGAUGUGACCAAGAUGCUUAAAUGUCACGUGACUAGUAGUCCUGUGAAAUAAUUUCCGUUUGUUGCUGUUUUGCAUGCUCCUCUAUUGCAAAACAAGCAAGGCAGAGCUGAAAGGAUUACACUGGUCAACAACAAAUUUGUUGUCUGUGUUUUUUCAGUUGAUUUAGGAUGAAUCUGAUGCGCUGAAUCCAAAAAUCACAUUGGUUUUACUCAAUCAGGUCAAGUUUUUGAGCUAUGGCCGCAUGUCAUUUUUUUACGUUUUUGUUCACAUGUACGCUUGUGUGGAGCAUUUUAGAAGAAGUUGGUGGGGGUAAAAUGCCAUGUCGAAUAAUUGUUUUGAUUGGAAAUGAUUGUUUGAAUGACAAGAAGUAUUCAGGUCCGAUAGUUCUGGGUGAUUAUGUCAAAAAGGGAUCAGUUUGAAGUCAUAAAACCUCAAAAUCUUCCAUAAAUUGGUGCGGCAAAGCAUAAAGUUGGGGGAUCAAAACUAAGUUAAUGGGGCAGAAACUACGCAGAACUUGUCAACAACAUGCUGACUGCUUUCAGAAACCUGGGCUGCAACAUGAGCAUCAAGAUGCACUACCUAUUUUCACAUAUGGACCGGAUUCCUGAGAACCUGGGUUCAAUGAGUGACGAGCAGGGGGAGAGAGAUUCCAUCAGGACAUGAAAGAGAUGCAGACCAGGUAUCAGGGUCGCUGGGACGCAGUCAUGAUGGCUGACUACUGUUGGACUCUGAAGAGAGACCUCCCUGCCGCUGAGCAUUCCAGGAGUUCCAAGAAAUGGAAGUUCAAGCCCUGAAGUUUGAAAAAUGGUGAAGCAACAUGCAUUUUACAUGUACUUACCUUUAUCAAUGCCCACCAUUCAGUUUACAGUAAACCUGACCUGAUGGAGAGAAACGGAUGCCAUUUCCUGACUCAGCAGUGCAAAAAUACCCUAAAUCAGUUGUAGAAAUCUAGACAACAUUCAAAAAGUAAAAAAUUGUUGCCCAGUGAAUUAUCCUGAAAGGCUUGCAUGUGUCAGGUCUACAAUGAACAUGUUCUGAGUCUUCCAUCUGAGCAUGCAUUCAGUGACCGGCCCAGCAUAGUUGCAGAAUGGUCCUGUUUAUAAGCAAUGGUAAGUCCUUGCCAGCACAAAGCUGUCCCAUUUUUAAUAGCUUUAGAGAUGCAAUGUGAGCCUUUAAGGGCAUGGCUAGUGGUCAUUCUCCCCUCUCCCCUCCGUGUUCUCAUAUGCUGCCCUACCCUCUUUGUGGGCUUUCUGGCUUUUCUGAAGCAGCAACAUGUGGGGUUGCAGCUGAAUUGGUGGAGGCAUUGGGACUCACAUCAGAGAUCACCAGUAACUGAUGAGGGUGCUAUCUUAAUUUAACAACCAUAAACCACUGAGAAAACCCUUCUAUAAUAUUUAGCAAAUGUCAUAAAGUUAGUUAGUAAUUAGAAUAACCCAGAUGGCAUUUCCUCUGAGUUUCCUCUUAAAGUACUUCGUUCUGGGGGGAAAGGUACCAUCUAUUUCACCACAGUCAUCUGUAUUUCAUAUUGCAAUCAUUCAUUUUUGCUAACUUGUUAAAUCUAGCAUCCUACAGUAUGAAAUGGAAGAAGAAAGAAACGCAAUUUGGGUGUUUGACUGGGGAAAGGUCUUACGCACAGUGCACAAAUUUGCACAGACUGAUUGAACCCAAAUGCUUGUAUAAUAAUCAGACAAUGUUUGUAGAGUGAUUUGAAGGUGAAACAUAGUGUGUGGAACAUUAUUCAUUAUUAUUAUUUUAUUUUAUUAUAAUAUAAAGGGUCAUUGUGCAAAGAAGCACAACAAUCUUUAUGAUGCCCAUUCAUUUUGCUGACUUUUUUGUCAUUAUCCUCCUUUGGUGAUUAAGUGUCAUUUGUCUUAUAAUUUUAAUGUUAUCUUUAACACACAUAAUAAAGUUUACAUAAUUAUAGCCUAUUAAUAUAAUUUGCAUGCAUGUUACCCGGAAGGCGAAGAAAAUGUUUCAUCACCAGGCAUGUAAUUUGCCUUCUUUAACUAUUUUUUUUUUAUCAUCUUCAUCAAUAAAUUGGCAGCCUUAAUAAAUGAAGAUAACCUCACUAAAUUCUCUUUGGAUUCUUUUCAAGGAUUCUGAGACAUAGAGAAUGUGGCUAUGAAAUACAGUAGGUGUUAAAAAACUGUCUCUUCUGCAUAAAGUUUAAAAUUUUCAUACUUUUGCCAUUAUAGAGUGUCAGCCAAAGCAAAAACAAUGGCCACUUCUUUGGGGAGGGAGACACAGGACUUUCAUUGCAAAGCUACUAUAAGACUUUGACUUUUAAAUAAUGUACAGGCUGGACUCAGAGAAACAGGAAUCAGCUUAAGGUUCAAAAGAUAGGUUCAAAAUAUUACACCAUGUUUUGCAAAAGUGUUAAUGUGUCCCUCCACCCCCUUCCCCUUUCUUGGUAAAUGGCAAACGUUUACAACCCAACUAAAACAGUGCCAGGAGAAAUCCUGUGUUUGCUCUUUGGAAGAUAUUCAAUAAAUUAUAGUGAGCUGCAAAUGUCAUUGGAUAGGGAAUGGAAAGAGCUUUACCUUUAAGUCUUUAAGUAAAGACUUGCAGCUGGUGCAGCCGCUCAGUAAUCCCUAAUGAUAAGCUCCUUUUAAUGCGAGGGUGAGGCAGUUUUCACAUGGAUACUACUGCAUUAACCUUACCCUAGGUAUGGUGCAGGUGAAAAGCAGCCGUGUACUCAGCAGCUUUUCCUACCCCUGCUUUAUUCCCCUAAUGCAUCUCAAGCCUCCUGUAAAAGAUCCCCUUAUACCAAGGCAAAAAGAUUGCAGUUCAAGCCUAUUAUCAACAAAAACCUGCCAAAGGGGCUACAUUGUCAGACUUUAUGGUGGUACUAACUAUUCUGUUGUUCUCAGGAGACCAAACUUAGACCAUUAAAUCCCCUUCAUUUGUGAUAUCAGUGACCUGGACGGCAGACAUAGGUCUUUUGAUGUAAAAAUGCUACUGCAGGAAUCAAUGGUACCAUCUAGUUUCCCCUUAACGUAUAUCAUAAAAGUGUAAUGGUGCUCUUCCAAAGAAAAAGUGACACUCCUCUUGUAUAAUACAAUUAUACGAGGAUGAUGUUUUCCGGGGAGUUUAUUUGAUAUUAUGAUGUGCAGAGCCUUUGCCCAUUAAAAUAAACUAUGAAGCUGACUUCACUCUAUUACUUUCAGUAGGCUAAGUGUAUUGUCUCUAGUAGAGUAUAGAUAAUUUUCAUGCAACAGGGAGCUAUUUCCAUAUCCCCUUCAUGUAACAGAUGAGCUUAUAAAUAGGCUUGGAUUUACUCAAAAACCAACAAAUGCACUGUCUACAGACACAUUUAAGACAAAGGCUGUUUUCCAAAUGGCCUUCUUUGAUAUGGAGGUUCCCAUGAAAUGCUUAGUUGAGUUGACGGAUUCCCACUGUUUAUAGUAAAUGUGCCACAUAUUGAAAAAUUGCAUUGCUUUUUUUUUCCUCCCUGGAAGAUUGCCCCCCCUGCCACACACACAUCAUUUCUAUCAGAAGACCCUUCAUAUGUACCCAGAAAUCCUCAGAGCUAAAGCUAUUAGUAAACAACACACAGUGAUAGCUCACUAGCAAACAGCGAACAGGUUUACAAUUAAUGAAAUUGCUGGAACAGAAUAAACAGAAGAGGUAACUAUGGUUGCACGUUCAUGGUUUAGCACAGACAACAACAACUCUGCUUGGAUGAUGCAUUCUGCAAUGAUAACCUCCUGAAGCAAAACAUUAUAUAUAUAAAAAAACACACCCCAGCACCACCACCACAGUAACAACAAAAUGAAAAAUGAUGCGAUGCUCUGAUGUUCCAGUGUUUGCCAGAGGCUCAUGCAUUCAGACUAAAACACUUAGAGGGGAAAGUGCGAAAACUAGUUUUAUUGCUCUCCUAUGCAGGGUUUAGAGAGUAAUUUUUAAAUGGUUCCAUUUUAUACUGUAGGGGCAAAAUUAAAGCAGUCAUAAGUCUCAUUGCAGUCUUCAUUUUCUCCUUUGCUCCCUUCAUGCAAGUAACUUGAGACUUCUGAAUCCAUUAGGGAGGGCAAUACCUACAGCAACAUUCACCUCUCUAGAGGGGAGGGAUGUAUAUUUUUCUUUGCCAGCUUUGCCCUUUCUCUCUCUUCUAGUUCAAGACCCAUCUGUAAUAGUGGCAAUAGCUUUUAGCCUAGGACUGGUAAGGCUCAGGUUAUUCAUGGGAUGAGCCAUAAUACAGUGAGCCAUAGGGUGAGGUGGAAGACUUUUGGCUUAUCAGUGUGCAACACAAUAGCCCAAAAGGGAAAUCACAGCCCUUGGCUUUAAUACUUUUUCUAGGCAUCCACCUCUUUUGCAUGGUUUGGAAACAGAAUCCCAUCUCUUUUUAGCCAUGUGGCCUAUUUGUACAUUUGCACAUCCAGUGCAGCUGAUUCAUACAUGGUACUCAGUUUCUGCACAUGGAGUUGGAAUGCACCAGCUAUAUCAUAGCAGCUGCAGCUGCACAUAACACUAAGCCAUAGUUUGUGUAACAAACAAUGAGUUGUCUCAUAGACAAGGCUUGUUUCUCCAAAGCUUGAUUUCUUUUCCAAUUGCUCUUGCCUUGUGCUUCUGUAGCUUAAAAUGAACAUAAGUGGUGGAAUGGCCAAACAAACCAUGGGUUAAGCAAGACUGUUGGGUUCAGACAUAAUGCUGAGCCAUUACUAAAACAAGCCAUAAUUCAUAAAUCAACACUAAACCAUGACUUCAAAUUGUAAUUUAUGCUCCCCCCCCCCCAAAAAAAAUCACAUUCUGCAGGGCAUGGUUCACUCAUUCAAACUAACAAUAGUUAGGAUAAACAAACCGUGACCUAGCAUUAUGUGUGAACCAGGCAACUGUGUAUUUCAAAUUCCUCAGGGAAUACUUAUUGGGCUGUAUGAUUUUCUAAAUGUGAAAAUGACCCUUGGCUUCUGUGCCUCCUGUUCUUCCCAAUGGCUUCUAGUUUCCUAAAUCCCAAUAACUUAUUUUUAGGUAAAUCAUCCCUGUGUGCUCCAGCUAUCCCUUUACCACCAUAUCAUUUAUCUCCAAGUUAUAAAGAAAUUAAAUCCUAAAACAAAAAACAAAAACCCUUGAUAUUUGCAGCUGGAAUACAUUAACUAUACAAAGCACAAUUCUACAGAUUGUGUAACUGGAUAAUCAGACCACCAAAUUUUCAUUUCCUGGUUGCUUAAUGUCAUUUUUUUAAAAAAAAUGUACAGCAAUAAAAAAUGCAAGCUUUCUUAGAGUGACAAAAAGGGAUUAUUCCAAGUUAAAAUAUUAGAAAACCAUACAUUGGAGGCAACCUGUGCCAGAUUUCAAAGCAGCAUGUUCACUUGUUCCUUCAACCUUGGUAUUAUUGCUUCUAAUAAUGGCCCAAAGGUUGUGGCCACUGUACCAUCAAGAAUAGGAAAAUUUGUUCAGUUGGCAUGUUUUGCAGUCUCUUAAACUGAUUGUUCAUGAUUUCUUAGGUAAACACUAGGCUAUAAAAAGCACAAGCUCUGAAGAAGCAAAGUGCCAUGUAUUAUUAUUAUUUAACCAUAAGAAAUCAAAGCCUCUGGCCACUUCACUUCCUUUACAGCUCAUAACACCUUCUACAGAAGUUUCAGAAGCUAAAAGACUGACUCCACACCAGAUCAGACCAGAGAUACAGUAAAAUAAGUCAAGGAAAAUUCCCACCUAUAUAUGGCUGAAUGACUCCUUGAGCAAUAAAAUGUCAUUAGUGACUAUAAAAUGCUACAGGGGGAUGAUGGAGGGCACUCUGAAUUUGGCUUUCUACCAGUAAAGUCGGUACUGAGAACUCAUGUGCCAAUUUGCAGUCCCGCUGACUCUCUUUCUAUAGCUAUUUCAUUUCUCAGUCAUUGCCAUAGUAAUUUGAUGCUCAAUUUUUCCCCUUCCUGCAUCAGUGCCACAUAUUUCACCUUGAUACAAUGAUGACUGUUCCCCCUUCUCGUCCUUUUGUUAGCCUCUACUACUGUUUAACACGAGGGAUUGCUGGCUUAGAGAAAACUUAAAAAGGGAUGGAACCCUCAAAGGAACCUUAAGUUGCAAUAACCCUCAUCGUCAUAGCAAUGAAAAAGCUACCAUUGACAGAAGUGGAGUGAAAUUGUCCUCACAAUGGUAUGCACAGCAACUUAUACAUCUCUUUCCACCUCUUCUAUUAUCCCGUUAAUUUUUGUUUCUGAAGUUUUUCACCAUUUUAUUAAUGAGUCAUAGUUCACCUAAGGAACGAGUUGUAAGGCUUAUGGAAAGAACUUCCCAGAUUCAAAACUAUUAUCUUCCCAAAUUCAGGUAACUUAUGCCGAUAGCAUUAGAGGAUAAUAUGAGGAGCACAACAAAUCAUGACUUUGACCUUCUGCCUUGCAGCAUCCGUCUUCGUGCCAUAAACUGUGUUUCUCCUCUACCAGCUUGAAACAAGCAUGCAGAGACAAUUAGUAACACUGCUGUUCCUGAAAUUAGGCAGUAAUGGAAAUAAUGGCUGAGUACUGUGAUUCUAGGAAAAUACAAAAUAUUACUUUGAACAUUCUGACAAUAAUAAUAAUAAUAAUAAUAAUAAUAAUAAUAAUAAUAUUUCUACCCCGCCCAUCUGGCUGGAUUUCCCCAGCCACUCUGGGCGGCUUCCAACAAAAGAUUAAAAAUACAUUAAAACAUCAGUCAUUAAAAACUUCCCUAAACAGGGCUGCCUCCAGAUGACUUCUAAAUGUCAGAUAGUUGUUUAUUUCUUUGAUAUCUGAAGGGAGGGCAUUCCACAGGGCGGACACCACUACCGCGAAGGCCCUCUGCUAAAAUCCUUAGUGUUUUGGCUGAACCUGUCACAGAACCAUCAAGGAAAUGUCUGAAAUUCUCAUGCUGUAUCAAUGAUCAUUGGUGUUCUCACAGUAUUUUAGAGUUUUAACAUAUUUGGCAGCACAAUGUCCUGUGCAAUACAAAGCAAUUGUGCCAUAGACUUCACCGCUUAGAAAUUCUGAACAUUAAGCAGUAUACAAAUUUCUGAAUAAAACUGGUGAAAUAGUCAUGCUAAACAUCCCCAGCAGUAUGUACUUCAGAGUGCUGUGAAAGUUCAAUCAAAUGCUCAUGCAUAACCAUUUGCUUUAGUUUCUUAAAUUCUACACGUGUACGAAAUAUGGAUGCACAGGAAAUCCCUCUGCAUAUUACUGGAUCUGCCAAAUGUGUUGUUGACUCCAAAAUUCUAGAGGAAAUCAAUUUCCAAGUACCAGACUAACCAGGAACAGUUUUCUCAGAGGGAAUUCAAAGCAAUACUAGAGGCAGUCUCAUAUACAUAUUCUUACACAAAGAGCUAAGAUGGGAGUAUCUUGUCAUUGUGGUCCUUAUGAUGGUCAGUACACCAGUGUUAUAGUUUCUUACAACUGAGCAGUGUAGUGGAGUCACUAAUUUUGUUCUUAUUGUAUAGUAUACUAAGCACGAUAAUCAAUCCAGCCCUAGCAAGGGGCAUAAACUCAUAUUUCUAGUUGCUGGGGAUUUAAAAAGUGCUUCCGCUUUUUCUUCUUUUUUUUAAAAAAGAAAUCUAUGCAUUCCAACAAAGGAAACUAUGUUGACUUAGUUCUUCAUUGUUUUCUUGUCAGAAUCUGUUUUCCUCAAUUAAUGGCUCAAAAUGCUUCUGAUCUUAAAAUGUGGAUAAAAUUAUGCCAACCCUGUCUGCUCUUUUACAGGCAAUUUGACAGCUCUGGUUCUUGCCAGCGUUCUAUUUUUCUCUGCUAUCUUAUUCCUUCCAAAUGCUAUCUGGCAGUAUGUUACUAAGAAAUUAGCCUGCCUCCCUACCUCUGAUUGCCCAGAUGGACAUCUUAGAAAGCUAGAGAAAAGCAACUUGACAACUGGAAACCAGCCAGUUCUCAGGAAAGAUGCAUUGCAUUGAGCAUAAGGGACCAAAAUGUUAAAGAAUUAAAGUAACAGAAGGUGUCAAUGCUGAAAGAGUACUGAUUAACAAGGUGGCGAGUUCAAGGGGAACUAUUAGUAUUUUACACAUUUAGUAUGUUAUAUACUAAAGCCUCUCAUGUGCUCCACUAGCAGUAAGAUGCAUUAGACUCAGAAGAGAAUGGGAAGUAGAAGCAAGAGCACCAGUGGCACUGGUUAUUUCUCCCCAAAGCAGCAAUAAAUUGCUCACUUUCCAAUUACAUAUUUGAAUUUGGACUGAUGGCUUUUCAGCAAUAUAAUGGUAGGCAAGUUUUGGGGUUUGAUUUUUAAAGAGGUAGUGCACUCAGUAUUCUCAAACUGUUUUUUGGGUUCAACCCCUAAAAUUCUGUGUUGCUGAUCCUCUGAAAGCCCACACAAGCUAAGCUGCGUAAUGGUUGACUACAGAACAGGUUAAAAUCUAGCCCUCCUAGCUCCAGCAAUACAAAUCAACCCACAAACCACUAGAGUCAAUGCAAAAGUAGGUACGGACCAAUUAUGUGAGGUGUUUGUACUAAGAAUUGGAAUUACAAUUUCCUGGGUGCUCAAGAGGAAAAGUGCAUCUAUCUCAGCAGCACAGAAGCUAUUGAGCUGCUCCUGUGUGGCACACCUGUAUCAAAAGUUGCUUUGGAGGGUGUUGGGCACAGGGCUUCCAAUGUUCCUCUGCAAAUGAGACUGCUAAGGUUCUUCCACUUCUCUUAUACUCCCUCUUCUACAUGCUGUGGUCAGCAUAACUCUAGUUUUGCUCAAGAGUAGGAAAGGGAAGACGCAUCAGCUCACCUCUCUACUCCUCUACCUCCUGCUAAGCAGCAGUGACCCAAAUCACUAGAGGUUAGCUGUGCAGCAGUGACUUAGCCCACCAUUUACUACUGGGAACAGUCACAACCUUGUGUGGUGCCUUGGAACGUCUAAAGUUAUAUAAACACAUCCCUGCCGCAGCACUUGGCAGCCCCUAUCUACAAGUGAGCCAGUCAUCAGAACAAACCAUUUCUGGUACUGGUGCUCUGGCAAAACAAACCUCUUUUUGCAACCCUGCAUCUCAAACAGUCCCUUAGGGUUGGACUCUCUUUCCCAUUAGCUUCAGUGCAAUGAAAAUAGUUUGUUUUUAAAUGCACUUUGAUGUACAGAAGUCAUGCUAUGUUGGGUAUGGUGAAAUAAAUUGCGCAUCGCUCAAUUACAUCCCUCACACCCCAAAUAAACCUAUGUGCGAAUAUGACUCCAUUUGCCCUGAGUGAACGUCACAAUUUCCACUAAUGCAGAAGAGUCAACACUUCCUUGCGUGGGCAACUAGCCUUAAAUUUAUUUAAUCUCAGAUAUACACAAUAACUUAGAUUGCCAAUAACUGGGACAGACCAUCCCACCCUAAUCCAAAUUUUUUUUUAAUAGAUUGUGUCAACAAUCCCAGAACUGUUGAGUCCCUUGGGAGCGAGUAACAAUACACAGUGCUCCAAUACCUGAGCAUUGUGUAUUAGUGCAUAGUGUGAAAUAAUAAUAAUUUUCAAUAUGGCAAACACAAAACAUGGGCUAUGAAUUCCAGUGCUAAGAUCUGGUGGUGACAUAAGCUGAGACUCAGAACAAAAAUCCAUCUAAAUUGUUCUGAAUUUAAACACUGGUUUUCAUCCUUUUGGGACAAUUUAUGCUUUAGGCAGAGCUUUUCUACAAGGUUUCAUACUGCAUGUGUGCAUAUUAUACCUCCAAAUUGCCUCCAAGCUGACAAUCUUUUCUGGUGCAUUAUGACUUUGCUGCCGAAGAUCUACCUAGCCAAAUUAAAAAUAAUCCCUAAAGAAAAAGAAAAGGAGGGGGACUUUCAACAUGGCCUAUUGUGAGGCACCUUUGACCUUGCAGAAAAUAUUCAAAUCUUUAAGCAAGACUGCCAGUGGUAGCUCAAGCCCUGUACAAACACCCUGCAUCUUGAUUGAUAAAUAUGCUAUGUUUACCCUGUGAUUACAGUAUAGUAUUUUAUGUUCUUGCUAAUUUAUUUGGAACUCUUAACCUGUUAGGUUAUAAAUUCAGCAGCAUUUGAUAAUGAACCAUGUUGAAAUAAAUCAGCAUCUGGGGAGGGGGUGCGGUGCGGCAGAAUAUCCUAAGGAACUCUGCAAAAGAAAAAUCACUUCAUAGAUCUCAGUGUAUGAAAAGGUAUGACAGAUAAGACAGACAGACAUAUUAACCUUUUAUAAAUCCUUGGCAUCUAAUCCCUGUAAGUAUUACUUCAUACAAUUCUUCCAUAAAAGAGGCAUAUAUAACAUUAAAGCUCCAUAUCACUAGUAGCUUUAUUACUGAAAGCCAACACUUAUAGACAGCCUGAGAAGUCUGGGAGGCAGAGAAGACACAUCUAUGCUCGUUUGUGUAUUAGAUGGAUUUCCUUUGGUGUGGAUCAUGUUAUUUAGAUUGCAUAUCUCCAAUUCUGUUUGGAAGCAAAUCUGGUGUGUGUGUGUGUUUGCCUCUGUUUCAUAGGGCAGCUGGACAGACCUUAGUGGAACAUGGGUCUCUAUUAAGUUGCUGUUCAGUAGUUUGGUGGUAUUCAGACAAUAUUGAAACAUUCCCAAAUGAACUUUGCAGGGAGACAUUUUCAUUCGCUGCCUCCCUCCUCAUGCAUAUUAACAAAUGGUAUGCAAGGCCUCAUUUAAUUCACUGAUUUUACAUUCGGAUCACUUUCUCUUUUACAGCUAUUUUUACCGGGCUUCAUUAAUCUUUGUUGAAUACAAUGGCAUACAUCUUUAAUGCGGCCGCUGUCAAGUCAUAUUUCAGUAAGAGCUGCAAACUGAAUGACAGCAAGCAAUAUUAAUAAAUUUAACAUAGACUAUAUCAAUUUUUAACAGAAUGAAUGUGGAAGCUAAAUGUAUUAUUUUUCGUUUAAAUCAUAGGGUUUAUCGCCAGUUAAGUAGCAGCGAUUUCAGGAAACUUGUGACGUGCCGUACAAAUAGAUUUACAUCUCAUUAAUAAGUAAAUUAGGCAAAUGCCUUUCAAGUUCAGACAAGUACAUAAGUGUAAUCUCCAUAUUAAAGGAGUAGUCUUUGAUAAACCACGGAGGAAUUGCAGCAGCCAACUAUGUGACAUGUUGCCAGAGCCUGAACUCUUCCACAUUCCCACCUUUAAUUAUACUGGUUCAUUACUAAAGAGAUAAGUGUCUCUCCAGUUAAGAUUCUAUAAAUGAACACCAUGAGGGCACCUCCCAAAUCAUUUUUGAAGAAACCAUGAAAAGGUGAUAACGGUUAUGAAGGGGGGGGGAUGACGAAUUAUCACCUGCUCUCUUUCUUCCUUCUCUGUAAUAACAUUAAAACAUUAAGAUGAAUUCUUUUCUUUAAAAAAAAAAAUCUCAAAAAGGAAUUGUCCAUUCAGUAGCCUAUUUUGUUUAAAGGUUGCGGAAAGGGGGGGGGUGGCGCGAGAAGAAAACAUUUGCGAUUAAAAAAGAAAAGAAAAGGAAAUUCUUCCAUAAAUCCCAACAGAGAUAAUUUGCUGCAAAAUUUAAACCCAGUGAGAACUUGUCUGUCUGUGUUAAAUAAAAAAAAGUUACGGUUGGUAGGAGACAUGUUUUUGCAGUAGCUUUAGCGAUUAUAGGAAAUUACAUGCAAAGCCAGAGUUCUGAUCCUAAGUUAAUUUAUAAUUGGAAAAAACUUAUUAAUUAGCUAUGGCAUUCUAAUUAAGAAUUAGAAUUAGAGGAGUGUGUGUUAAAAAGCCAGUCAAUACCCAACUGUCAGUAUAUUUUUUUUAUUAAAAAAACCCCUUUCGACAGCUCUCAGUCCACUUCCCCCCCUUAUUUCUUAUAUUCAUAUAUAUAUAUAUAUAUAUGUAUGUAUGUAUAUGUGCUAGUGGGAACUAUGUUUUCUAGAAUAUAGAUAGCCAAAGAAAUAUGGUUAACAGGGAUAUAUAUUUAACUCACAAUGCACACCAUUUCAAAUAUGGAGUGCAUACUUUUGACAUUCAGAGCUUAGCUUGCAUCUUUAACAAAUGCACAUAGGUCCUUUUGUGAAUGUACAGGGAGGCUCCCAAAUAUGAUCAGCACUGAACACACCAGACACCUUCCGAGAGGCAUUUAUUUCAUGCAUAUGCAGAAUAUACAAAGAUAUGUAAGCACCAAGACAAAGGGGGAUGAUUCUACUCUUGCUGCCUCAGAUGGGGCAGGGUUAGACUGGUGUGCAUCAAUAGUUGUACUGUAUGCAUAUCAGCAGUGCACAGUGAUGUGUACUGAAAGGCAGAUGUGGAAAAUUUCCCCCCUUUUUAAUCCCCUCCUCCCUGAUAAAAAAACCCUCUUCCUAUAAGCUGGCCGCAAUGCUCCCUUAAAAACGCCAUUGUGUCUCCUGAUACUUACUUUCACAGUGCUAGAAUAUUUGAAAGGAAAUUAAACAUUAAAGUAGAUAAGUUACACACACACACACACACACACUCGCUCUGCUAUGCAGUUUGUGUAAGGAAAAAAUACCCCAUUUUGAGACAUAUGCUUUAAUCCGAAACAUACUGUUUUCUUAAAUGAGAGAGAAAUCAGUCGGGACUCAUUUUUCAUAUUAAAUAUCAUUAUGUUAAAAAUAUAAGCAGAAUUCUAAAAAGAUAUCUUGACAAGCUAUUCAUUCCCACCCCCUCCUCAACCAAGUACUUUUUAGAAACUCACACCUGCAUAUUCCUCACUCUGAGUUUAUUUUCAGGGUAAUUCACACAUAACAAGAAACCCUGGUUUGGCAUGAAGUGAAUAGCAGUUCUGUCUGUCCAGCUGCCUGUCUAUCUUGUUUGUUUCAUUGCAUCUAUAUCUCACAUUUACUCUAAGGAGCACAAGGUGGUUUGUAUGGCUUUUCCUCCCCCAAUUCAUCCUCUCAACAACUCUGUAAGGUAGGUUAUGCUAAGAGAUAAUGAUUGGCCCAAGGCCACCUAGUGAGUUUCAUGGCAAAGGGGCAAUUAGAACCCUAAUCUCCCAGGUGCUAAGCCACCACUGUAGCCACUAUACCACACUGGUAUGAUGUCAUGUGUCGCAAAAGAAAAAUAGGAAAUAACAUAUUUAAAUAGCCCACAACUAAUUUAAUUAAUAGUUUUUUUAAAAAAAUGCUUCCAGUUACCUCAAUCAUUAAAACAUAGUAACAACCCCCCCCCCCAAAAAAAAUUGACAAAAUAACAAUUGCUAUUUGGCAUCUAAGUAGGCAAACCAGUGUCUGCCUACAGUCACAGGUUAAGUCAGGUAUCAGUGCUGCUUCAGAUUACAUCUGUACUUAAUUAGUGUGUGGCAUAGCUAAGUGAAAUGCUGAUUCAAACUGCUGUUGUCCUAUAUGCUCAACAUGUGAAUGAAUGGCCCCUACCCCUGUCUUCUGUCUGGAGAGUGAAGGAUCAGAAGCAAACUUUCCCCUUCAUUCUGCUCUCUUUCCAUCAACAACUGCAUGGUGGUAUUUGAAUACAUGCGUCCCAACCCAAAGUGCUCCAGAGAUACAUUGUGCACAUGAGAUCGAGUGCAAACGUAGGUCGGCUUUCUUAUUCACUUCAUCACUGAAUACAUCAUUGUUGCAUGUGCAAAGCCUGUUGCUAAAGUUCAAGUGCAUUAGACAAUCUUUACUUGUGUGAAAAGUAUGUGUGCAUAGCAUAAUUCCUGUGUGUACACUGAGGACUCGGAUUAAAUUCUGGGAUUUUAGGGGGAGGGUGUUUUAGCCAUUUCUGCAAAUCUUUAAUGAAAUAAUAAUUACAUGUCAAAACAAUGCAGAUAGAUACUGGUUCUUCCUAGGAAGAUAAAUAGAUCUAGUCACUGCAUUCAGUUAAAGGGCUUGGAAGUUUUCAGAAGCAAUUGCCCGAUCUGAUGUGAUCUCAUAGAAUGUGCACAAACAUCUCAAAUGCUUAAAGAAACAACAAGGCCAGUAUUUUUCUGCAAGGGAACAGAGAGACCAGUUUGUCUGAGAUUAAAACUUUACAUAAAUUGUAGGGAGAGGAGGAGCUAUUGGGGAGGUUGGGGUUAGCAAUUUAAACCAGGAGAUAGAGUAGCAAAUGUAAAAACGGGAAGCUAAGAGAAGGAAAAAAAAUGGAAGAAGAGGAGAGCUGAUGAAAAUGACAUAGAAGGCAGAAAACUGAGAAAAUCAAGUUGGGCAAGCAAUGGAAUGUGGAAUAUAUUUAUUAUGGCUGGAAAACAGUUCAAGAGGCUAGCUGAAAGUGUCAUGAGAGAAUAAGAGGGGGAUUGAGAAAGAGGGAUUUGAGAAACUGUGCUGAUAGUGGUAAAGAAUGGAGUGAGCUGGAAGAAAUUGGGAAAGUGGCAAAGCCUUAUUUAUUGCCAUGGAUGUGAAGUAUUGGCAGGAAGGGAAAGAAUUCUGGAAACUAGGGUACAGUGAGACCAGAGUAACAGGUCCAUAUGAUUUUCAGAAAUACACGAACAUACAUACAAUGAUACAUCAACUCUAAGACAGCAGCAAGGGCCAAGGCAGAGUUUGAUUUAAACUAACUAGACAAUUAUUUUAUUGCAAGCUUCUACUAUAUGUAAUACAAUUCAAUAUGAAACACUUCUUGCCUUGCAGAACCCUCUUAUACUGACGGCGCAACUAACUCAUGCAAUUGGUCCUUCUAGUGCUAUUGAUCUGGUGAAGGCAACUGCUGACAGAGGAAGGUUGGGGGUAGUGAUGGGAGAAUCAGUCAGUUCCAUUUUCUCUCCAUUUCUCAUUUUUCCAAUCUUAAAUUCAGUUGGAAUUUUUUUAUAUAUCAAAAAGUCCUCAUGAAAAUCGAUCAGGAUUUUAGAGAGAAAUUCUCAUUAUAUAUGUCCGUAUGCAAUUUUGCCUAAUAUACACAUAUAAUGCAUUUUUGUAUGCUAUUUAUGCACACUUUGCCCCAGUAUAUACACUUUUGUAGACAUUUCUUGGCUGGAGAACUGCAUUGCAAAAUUUGGAGAAGUGCAGAUUUUGAAGAAUGGGUGUGUUUCAGGUCAUGUAUUGUUGGGAAGUGUGAACAUUAAAUGCAAACGGAAUGAAAUUUAUCUCCCAACCCCAGUUGGGGGACCUCCCAGAACCAAUUUUCAUGGGGUGCUGGGUGUUAUGGUGUUUGUGUGAAUUGACAAUAAUUGCUUCUCUCUUUCUUUGUUAACAGAUGUCUUUGGCUGGAUCAAAAAACCUUCGGUUUGUGCAAGGGCACCAGUUGGAUAUAGCUGGAGGAGUGGAGCCACAGCCCAGGAGUGCCCCAAAGAUUUCAAAAUACGUUCUGAUACAUCUUUCACCUAUCAAAACUUUUUUGCGGCUGCAGUAUCUAAGACCUAUGUUCUAUGAAUUUUGCAGGAAUAUAGUAAGUACAGUGGUACCUUGAGUUACAAAUGCCUCAGGUUACAAAUGCUUCAGACUCUGCUAAACUGGAAGAGUUACCUCGAGUUGAGAACUUUGCCCCAGGAUGAGAAUGGAAAUUGUGAGCUGGCGGCGCAGCGGCAGCAAAAGGCCCCAUUAGCAAAAGCACGCCUCUAGUUAAGAACAGUUUCAGGUUAAGAACGGACCUCCGGAAUGAAUUAAGUUCAUAACUAAAGGUACCACUGUACAUGGUUACAUCUCUGAUAUCCUAAUAGCCAAAAACAGGAAGUACUUGAUUGCCCUGUGCAGUUCCUAAACUAGGCUCAGGACAAGAUAUGCUGCACAGAGGACAAAGAAGGAACAGUUACUUAAACACACCCAUUUUCAUGAGGUCAGUGGUGAAAGCAAGGCAAAUCAGGCUGGAGUUGGCUCAUCUGAGUAUGAUACAGGAGCCACAGUCAUAGUUCAGCUUCCUGAUCUUGAUAUAAACUAGGAAAACUAAAGGAACAAUCCCACCCCCACAAGGAUUUAGUGCUGAUAGGUCCUAGGCAUAUGAGAUAGGACAAGGGACUAGAGACCAACACCCAAAAAAUCAUCAUCAAUCUUUUCUGACUCAGGAUCAACUCAUGUUCCACUUUUUAAAACUUUUUGUGCCUGAGUUGAAAUACUAAAAUGGCAGGCAGCUCUCAGUGCUACAGUUG